GUGGGCUGAGUUGGAGGGGCUGCUCACUUACACCGUCAUAAAGAGGCAGGGUUUUGGAACCGAAGCAACAACACCCAGGCCAAGCCGCAGCAACAUCCGCCAUCUUCGCUGCUCCGCUUUCCCUGCAUAAAUUCGUGACCAUGAAGUUAGACACCAGGGCGAUGCGCCAUCUAACGGCGGAGGAUUGGCGGGUGCUGACCGCGGUAGAGAUGGGCAGCAAGAACCACGAGAUCGUGCCGACCCCCCUGAUCGAGAAGAUCGCCCGGCUCAAGGGCGGCGCCAGCGGCGUGCACAAGUCCAUCUCGGCCCUCGCCAAGGCCGGCCUGAUCGCGCGCGUGAAGGAGGCGAAGUACGACGGCUACCGGCUGACCUACGGCGGCCUGGACUACCUGGCCCUGCACACCCACGCCGCGCGCAAGCACGUCUACAGCGUCGGCAGCCGCAUCGGCGUCGGCAAGGAGAGCGACAUCAUGGUCGUGGCCGACGACCGCGGCACGCAGAAGGUGCUCAAGAUCCACCGGCUCGGCCGCAUCUCGUUCCGCACCGUCAAGGCAAACCGCGACUACCUCAAGAACCGCGCGUCGGGCUCCUGGAUGUACCUCUCGCGGCUGGCCGCCAUCAAGGAGUACGCCUUCAUGCAGGCCCUGCGCGAGGAAGGCUUCCCCGUGCCCGAGCCGAUCGCCCAGUCGCGGCACACCAUCGUCAUGAGCCUGAUCGACGCGGUGCUGUUGCGGCAGAUCUCGUCCGUCCCGGACCCGGCCAGCCUCUACGCCGACCUGAUCGCGCUCAUCCUCCGGCUGGCCCAGCACGGCUUGAUCCACGGCGACUUCAACGAGUUCAACAUUCUCAUCCGCGAGGACAAAAUCGAAGCCGACCCGGACCCCGACGCCGACCAACCCGCCACCACCAUCACCCUCACCCCCAUCCUAAUCGACUUCCCCCAGAUGGUCUCGAUGGACCACCCCAACGCCGAGAUGUACUUCGACCGCGACGUCGCCUGCAUCAAGCGCUUCUUCGCCCGGCGCUUCCACUUCGAGAGCACAGCCCCGGGGCCCUUCUUCGCCGACGCCAAGAAGACGGUCGGGCGCGGCGGCGCGAGGAGGCUAGACGCCGCCGUCGAGGCGUCCGGCUUCACCAAGAAGAUGGCCAAGGACUUGGAGGCCGCGAUUCGCGAGCAGCAGCAGCAGGCCAGUGCUAAGAAUGGUGAUGCCGACGACUCGGACUCGGAGGACUUGGAGGAGGACGAGUCUGGGGAGGAAGGGACCACGAGUGAGGAAGACGAUGGACGUGAUGGCGAGGGUGAGGGUGAGGGGUCCCAUGUUAUCAUUGGCGAUCAUGUUCCAGUGCUCGAAAACGGGGAGGGAUUGCAGAUGCAGAAACUAACAAUCAAUGAUGGGACAUGAAUACAACGAACCCUGUUGAAUCUACU